AACCUAAGACACAUCAGAGGCAGCAUUGGCUCCUCACGUAGACUCCAGCUCCGGGACCCUCAUAUUUGAACCGCAGGACCAUCUCAUCCCUGGAUCUGCAGCUGCACAACACACAAACUAGAAUAACAUCAGCUCCUCCCCAGGUCUCCACCUGCACGGCCCUCAAACGGGAACAUCAGCUCCUCCCCAGGUCUCCAGCUGCACGGCUCUCCAACGGGAACAUCAGUACCUCCCCGAGUCUCAAGAUGCAUGGCCCUGAAACUGGAACAUCAGAUCCCCGCAGGCUCUCCAGUGGCACGGUCCUCUAAAGGGAACAUCAGCUCCCCCACGGGUCUCCAGCUGCACAGCUCUCAAAUGGGAACAUCAGCACAUUCCCGGGUCUCUGGCUGGAAGGCCCUCAAACAAGAACAUCAGCUCCUCCCCAGGUCUCCAGCUGCAAGGACCUCAAACAGGAACAUUAGCUCCUCGCUAGGCCUCCAGCUGCACAGCCCUCAAACGGGAACAUCAGCUCACCCCCGGAUCUCCAGCUGCACGGCUCUCAAAACAGAACAUCAGCUCCCCCAUGGGUCUCCAGCUGCAUGGCCCUCAACAUCAGCUCCCCGCUGGGUCUCCAGCUGCACAGUCCUCAAACUAGAACAUCAGCUCCCGCCCAGGUCGCCAGCUGCACCACCCUCAAACCGGAACAUCAGCUCCCACCUGGGUCUCCAGCUGCACGGCCCUCAAACUGGAACAUCAACUCCCCCCGGGUCUCCAGCUGCACAGCCCUCAAAGGAGAACAUCAGCUCCCCACUGGGUCCUCAGCUGCAUGGCCCUCAAACUGCACCAUCAGCUCCCCCCACUCCCCAGGUCUCCAGCUGCAUGGCCCUAAAACUAGAACAUCAGCUCCCACCCGGGUCUCCAGCUGCACGGCCCUCAAACUGGAACAUCAGCUACCCGCCGGGUCUCAAGCUGCACAGCCCUCAAAGUAGAAUAUCAGAUCCCCGCAGGCUCUCCAGCUGCACGGCCUUAAACUGGAACAUCAGCUCCUGGGCCCUCAAACUGGAACAUAAGCUUCCGGGCCCUCAAACUGGAACAUCAGCUCCCCCACUGGGUCUCCAUCUGCACAUCUCUCAAACUGGAAAUUCAGCUCACCCCAGGGUUUCCAAAUGCACGGCCUUCAAACUAGAACAUCAGCUCGCCCCCGGGUCGCCAGCUGCACGGCCCUCAAACUAGAACAUCAGCUCCCACCCGGGUCGCCAGCUGCACCAACCUCAAACUGGAACAUCAGAUCCCCAUGGGUCUCCAGCUGCAGGGCCCUCAAACUGGAACAUCAGCUCCCUGCCGGGUCUCCAGCUGCACGGCCCUCAAACUGGAAC